GUCAAUGUCCUGGACAUAGCGCGGAAGCACCCCUCCGACUACUUCCUCGGCACAGAGGAGGUCACGGUCUUUGUGGUAAAGGAAUUCCACCAGGACUUCGUGGAUGAGCUCGACGAUGUCCGGCACGACCCCAUCGAAGUGACUCUCUGUCGAAAUGUCAAGAAGGACCUGCUCAAAAGCCUUGAUGGCCUUAGCGGCGGCAAGGACGAUGAGAGUUAUUGGGCCACCUGCGAAGAAGAACAUGUAAAUCUCUAUGCCGACGUCUACAUGGAGAACGGCCGACCUGGACAAGUUCCCCUUCGGCCACCUCAGCUACCACCUCCGGACAAGCUUCGAGAUGAAAGUUUCGAACUCCGCGGCCAAGGCAAGCGCGCCAAGUGGAUGGAAGAACAGGGUUACUUGGUCAUGCUCUGCCUGGACCCGCGGAACGUGCCUAUCCGGCCGAUUGGCCCCGGACAUCGCACCUUGCGCUGGACAGCAGUCAGGGAAGAUGACGAGUGGAAGUGGCGCAAGAAAGAAAGCCAGGGUCCGGUGGACACGAAAGUUUUCGAGGCCAACUCUGCCAUGGUCUUUUACGCCUGGGACAAGCCCGAGACCUUGGUGCUGGCCGAGGGUCAUGACCUCAGUGUGCAAGAGCAGCGGGCCGUACUGCGAUCACAUGUCAACUUGGGACACCCUGGUCGGGCCGAGUUCGUCCGUCUGCUUAAGGCAGCAGGCUGCCGGAACGACAUCAUCCAAUACGUGCAGCGAGAGUUUCGAUGUGCGGGGUGCGACCUGGAACAGAGACCACCUACAAGGUUGCCCGCGGCUACCCCGAGAUGCUACGACUUCAACGUGGUCAUCGGGAUCGACGUGCUCUUUAUCCACGGCCUGGAUAACAAGACUGAACAUCCGGUGUUAAACGUGACAUGCCUCGGCGCGCUGUACUCCACCUUCGGCUUGAUUGAUCCACUUCGCCGCUCGGCAAAGCUCACCCUUAAGGCCUUCGAAAGACUUUGGGUGAGAACGUUUGGACCGCCCGACUUCCUGUUGUACGACAUGGGCACGGAAUUCACUGGCAGUGACUUCCAGAGCGGGAUCGAGCGGAUGUGUAUCCAGCCGAUAGUGUGUGACCAAGAGGCAUCCUGGGAGAAUGGGGUGUGCGAAAGGCGGGGCGAUCUUUUCAAGAAGGUCUACUACAAGAGCCGCGAGAUAGCCCAGCCCCGCGAUAUGGACGAGGUGGAGCUGUUAGUUUUUGAGUCAUCCUGGGCUCUCCAGACGAGCGUCAACAGGUCAGGCUUCACCCCAGCACAACGGGUUCUCGGCCGUCAACCUCGUGUGGCUUUGGACCUCGCCAGCGACGACAAGCACUACGAGCUGUCCGUGACGCAGGACAAGGCCUGGACAAGAGCAGCAGAGCUUCGACAAGCAGCAAGGAAAGCACUAAUGGAGCUCGACGCCAAGGAGCGAGUUCAACGAGCAAGCCGGGCCAGACCAAGGCGGCAGCUGGAGACCAAGGUCUUUUCAGAAGGGCAACCUGUGGUCGUGUGGCGGCAGGGCCGCCGCGGCGCCCUUUCAAAAGUUGGACCGUGUUACGUCAUCCUACAACGUGGUUCCACAGUGUGGGUCUCAAGGCGUGGAGAAUUGUGGAAGUGUAAUGCUUCGCAAGUCUUCGAGAUGGGGCCGCUUGAGGUUCAAGGACUUGAGGUUAUACCACGGGACCUGCUCAUGGCCAAGGAGCGCUUGAGAUUUGACAGCGAGAAACUUGGGUUCGUGGACGUGAGCCAGGAGAACGCCGAUGAAGGUGAUCUCGGCAGAUCCCCCCUUGAUGGAUCGGAAGAUCCACCAGCCGGCCUGUUGCCACCACAGAGCGACCGAGCAGUUCCAAGCGAAUCGCCAGCACCACCAGGAGGAGCCGGAGAUGGAACAGGUGAUCUGCCUUCAGACUUGGAGGGCUACUCGCCGGACGCAGUUCAGACUCAGGCACCGCAAAGCGACGGAGCAGUUCCGAGCGAAUCAGCAAAAACACAUGGGUCCACUACAGUCUCGGCCAGACAGCGCCACCUGAACAACAAGCAGGGCAUGAACCGUCCGCGUCGUCAGCAGCACCGACACCAGUGGUUCCACUGGACGCUCGCGACACCAGUGGUUCCACUGGAAGCUCGCGGACAUUGGCCACAAGCAGUGGAGACAAAGAAGUGGACUCGCUAUGACAACAACGCCGACAGGUUCAGAGUGUCAAGCAGCAAGGGACCGAUGUGGUCCGAUGUUGUUCGGCGGCGAACCGUGGACCUCAACACUGGCAAGGUUGUGGCAGACGAGGAGUUCACCGGCGACGAGCGACCGAGAGAGCUGAGCCGACUGCUGCCGACAGGAGUCAAGAGCAUCGAGACUACGCUCUUCUAUCGUCACCGUGGUGACGACAUUGGCGAAGACCGGGGGCUUUUCGACCGUGGCCUGAAGAGAGGUCAUGACGGCUCUGGGCACCCCGGAGCACCGCAACCAAAGUCAAAGAUCGGCGGCAUUUGGGUGGCAGAUUGUGUCACGCCCUGGGGAGACAAGAGGAAGUUCCCAGUGAUUGCAAAUGCUAGGGACUUGCAGGCUUUUGGCAAGUUGGUCAAGGCGGACGUCUUCUACACGUACUCCGAGCUGCACUCUGGAUGGAUCUGCCUCACGAAGAAGUCCGGAAAGGAGAUUCAAGAGCGCACCCUGAGCGAGCAGGAGCGCAAGAUGUUCGACGAGGCGAAGCUCACGGAGAUCCAGAACUUGGAAGGAUCGAGUGCAAUUAGCUUUGUGACGGACCCCGAGGAGAUCAAGAAGAUCAGGGAGUCCUUCAGCCACCGCAUCAUGCCCUCGCGCUUCAUUCUGACCAAGAAGCAGCAGGAGCUCGGGCAAACUUGGAAAGCCAAGGCGCGGUGGAUUCUACUUGGGCAUCGCGAUCCUGAUGCUCAGGAGCUGGAGCGGUAUGCACCGACACCUGCGACCCCGACUGUGUACCUUGCCUUCCAAAUCUUGAGCAGCGUGCGCUAUGAGCUCGUGAUCAUGGAUGUCAGCAGUGCCUUUGGUCAGUCAGACCAACACGAGAGAGAGCAAGGACCGCUCUUCGCAACGAUGCCUCCGAGCGGCAUCCCCGGAAAGGGCAAGGACCAUAUCAUCAGAGUCCUUACAGCGGUUUAUGGACUCGUCAACGCGCCCGCCAUGUGGCGCAAAACCGUGCGUCGCGUGUUGAAGGAACUUGGAUACCAAGAAUCCACGUUCGACCCUUGCUUAUAUGUGCUCCCAUUCAAUGCUGAAGAAGACCGAGCUGGAAGACAAAGCGCCGAAGAAGACCAAGCUGGAAGACAGAGCGCUGAAGAAGACCAAGCAGUCAAGCGGAGUGCGGAAGCUGGAAGGCGAGGCUGCGCUGGGCUGGUGCUCCUAGAUGUGGAUGAUUUUCUCCAGGGAGGAAAUCUCCGACACCGUGAUUUGAUGGAAAAGCUGCGUGGUCGCUUUCGAUUCGCCAAAUGGCGAACCAUAUACAAGGGUUCGGGUGAGUACCUCGGCAGAACCGUGUACCAGCUGGAGGACUAUGAGAUUCAGAUCUCCAUGGAGCGGUACAUCAACGAGAAGCUGCGGCCAGUGGUGAUCCCCCGGGACAAGAUCAAAGACGAGGACCGUGCUCUUGACGAGCGAGAGACAACUUUGCUCCGAGGAGCAGGCGGAUCGCUAUUAUGGAUCGGCCGAGAGGCGAGGCCGGACGUAGCUGCAGCCUGUGCCCUGGCAAUGGCAUGGGGAAAGGAGGGCCCGAAGGUUCGGCAGCUGAAGCUGGUCAACAAGACGAUCCAGGAACUGAAACGUACAGCAGAUGUGCGGUUGAGAGUGCUUCCGAUUCCGUUGGAGCAAGGCAUUUGGAUGGUCUUUUCAGAUGCAUCCGUUGGCAACCUUGAAGGAGACAAAAGCCAAGGUGGCUUUCUGGUUGCGUUUGCUGACCGGGACAUCAUGACUGGCAAGGUGGCAGCGCUGAGCAUCAACAGCUGGAAGUCCCACCGACUUCGCCGUGCAGUGAAGUCUUCGUUGGGAUCAGAAGCUUUGGCUAUGGACGAUGGCCUGGCCGAGCUCGAGUGGACAAAGGCUCUCUUCUGCGAGGUGGCGAUCCCCGGGACCAGCGUCAAUGAUGGCACGAGGUACGGCAAUGAUGAGACGAUUGCUGUGGUCCGAGUUCGUGAUGAACAAGAUUCCGCGGCAGUGACUGAUGCCAGGGCUUUGUAUGACUUGUUUCAUAGGCGGUCUGGCGCAGCUGGGUUGUGCAGAAGGGCACAGCUGGAUGUUGCUGUCAUGGCUAAGAGAGCUAGCUGA